AUGCCUAGUCACUUUCUCGAGAACCUACCACCUGAAGUACUGUUCAGCAUUUCGGAUUAUCUUGAGCCAGAUGAUCGAAAGAACCUCAGUCUGGCCAAUUCCGGUCUUCGGACCGCGAUGGCGCCAUGUCUCUUCAAGGUCUUACGAGUCGAUUGUCCGCUUGUAGAGGAUCACAUCUUGCCUACCAUAGUCGAUAAAUAUGGAGUGAAUAUUCUGGAAUUGAGACUAAAUGUUACUUUCUACCCGGAGAAGUUGACUGAGACGGCGGAUGAAGAAGAGGAAGAAGAGAGUGAGGAUGAGUCUUCCCAUGUGGAUAUGUCAGAUAAUGAGGAAGGGCAAGACAGUGAAGAAGAGGAUGAGGAGGAAAACGACAGUAACGGUGAUCCCGACAGAGGCUGGUACUGGGAAAACCCUCCCGCAUCAGUCUGGGCCCGAAAAGAAGCAGACACAUCAAUCGUGCAGGAUCUCAUCCGAUCCAAGGGCCUACCGCGUUGCAAGGGCCUGACGAUCUACACCAAUGGCGAAAAGGACUUUGAACUCGACGCGGACUGGGACAACAACGAUAUCGCCAGGAACUACAUUUACUUCUGCUGCGAGCCUGAAACUUGGGAAGACGUCGAGCGAAAGGAACGUAGAUAUUCAUGGCGCGCGGCUUUGCGGGAUAUGUACAGUGAUAUCGCCACGCUUUCGCCAGUCGAUGAGUUUACCAUCUUGAACUUUCUCCCACGAAAGACGACGUUCUGGCAGAAAAAGGAAUGGUCUGAGUUUCUGGGCCGGUUGAAGAAGUUGACGCUCAAUACGUACGGUGGUAAUAACGGCGCUGGUUGGCAGGCUAACACAUUACCCGGCUUUCACGCUUUCUUCAACGAACUGCCGACUAAUGUUCUAGCUCAUGCAAACGCGGUGGAGUACUUCAAACUCAAAACUCACGACGAUGGGUUUCUAGGUGGUGACGGCUCGUUGUACAUACCUCCUGGCUGCAUGCCGGCCCUUCGCUCCUUGCACGUUGAUGGCAUAGCGGUCACAUCCGUGCUGACAGAUUACCUCAAAGCGACUAACGGCACGUUGUCUAGACUCUACAUCACGGAAUGCGUGGCAUUUUCUUCUGAUCCCAAUGGCGACGAAGCACCAAGGUGGGCUGAUUUGUGGAAAGCUGUACGUCAGGCUCUGAAAGCACCUGCGGAAGUUGUCUGUGUGCCGACUAAGGAACGGCCUAUUACGGAAGACGAAGGGGAUUACUAUGGUGAUGAGGUUUACGUGCCGCCGGAUGAUGAGGAUGACAAGAUUAAGAACUGGAGGAGGAGAGUGAAGGAGGAAGAAGGGCUUUGUAUUUGGCCGUAUGGGUGGUUGGAUGAGAAGUAUGGAUCUAUCUUUCCUGAUCAUGAGGUGAACCUUGAGCGUCUUGAGAAUAGGGAGGAUAGCUUGGAGUUUAAGUUGUUGAUGGAGGAGGUGAAGAAGGGAGGCGGUAAAUGUACAGUCUCUUGA